AUGAUGCUGGAGCCCUACUUAACCUGGGAUCCUGCGCAGGUUGCGCUUUACCUCCUGCCGCUCGUGGAAAGCCAAAUCGUUGACUCUUUCAUUGAGAACAACAUUGAUGGAUCGCUUCUCCCCUUCCUCACUACGGAACAUCUACGUGAAUUGGGGAUCGCCAACUUGAGCCAAAGGCUACGAGUAAAACAGGCAAUAUCAAACCUUAUUCAUGAUCUGUUUAAUGAAGAGAAUAUUGCGAAAGACCCCGACCUUACUAGAUUGAAGAGUAUCAACAUAGAUACCAAUUACGUCUCUAUAGAAGCUCUUACUGUUUGUAUGAAACUAUUGCUGGAUAUGCCUCAGCCUGCAACGACAAAGGAAGUCAAAAAACUCGAGGGUCACUUCAGAAAGCUUAAGGCUGAUCUCGGUCCCGUAGUGAAAUUGGCGAAUGAAGUCAAACCACUUCCCGUGCCUACUCUAGACCCAGGACAUUUGAAAUCACUGCCAAGUGUCAAUUCCAAUAUAACACUCUCCGCCUCCGCGUUGCCCUCGCCAGAUAAAGAGAGUGAUGCCGGCACGAUCCAAGGUGGACAAUCACCACAAACACUCCGGCGCACUACGACAAAUGAACGAAGAGAGCAAUUGGAUUCCAGUGCUGCUCCAAGGUUGCAGCGCGCGCAUUCAACAAAUCAUUACGCUCCGUCAUUACCAAGCCCUUCACAGUCGAAUCGUUGGUCAACUGCAUCGGUGCUAUCUACUGGUGUCGGUAAACUUGCGGAUAUGAAGCAUGCCGCACCAAUAAGGUAUGCCUCUAAACCACAAUUAAUAGAUGCCUCGCCUGUUUCUUCUGGCCCAACAAGUCCCAGCGGUCUACAAACAAUGACAGUCAAGCAGCCGCCACUUCGGAGUAAACAGUCAUCCACUCUGAUUGCAUCAAGCCAUACCACAUCGAGCCAUCAGCCCUUACAAUCUCUCAAAGCAUCUUCAGAGGACACGGGAUUGCGCCUUUUACAAAGUGCCAUUAGAAAAAAUAAUAUUCCCAAGGAGAAAUGGUCAAACUACGCUCUAGUUAUAUGCUACGAGGAUAAAGAGAGGAUUGUGAAGCUUACGGAGAAACCUGUCAGUAUAUUCAAAGAACUCCAGGAGCAAGGCAAAAAUCCUACAAUUAUGCUACGUGAAUUGGUUUUGCCAGCUGCCGACGACCCAGAGGACGAGGACACUUACGAGGGUGAUAUACCUGGCGGUAUGUUAUAG